CUGCUGGUCACUACGUAAUGUGCCGUGCUGCUUCUGGCGGCGCUGGUGACAGUGCUGAAAGCUGUUGGGUAUGAAGUGAAACGGAAUAAAAAAUUUUACCAACUGCAACUGCUUCAAGUUCAGAUCACGACGACAACUAAAGAUAAUUAGCCCAAAACAAGGAAGAAGCUGCAACCCAAGAGUACGUAGGAAAAAGAUCAUUUCCAAUAAUUUGAACUCAAGACGCAACCGACCGCUGAAACAACCAAAGAAGAACAACAGCUUCCCUGCUGAAACUCCUGGAAGAGAAUUCCAAACUCAAUCAAAUGCUGAGAAGACGAUAAAUGAUCUGAAACCAGAAGUUUGUGCCUACUCAACAGCUUAAACAAAGCACAUGUCCCAACGCUGCUCCUAGCCCUCCUCAUCAACUCACCCCAGAGUGCGGAGUAGGCUGCUAUCUGCUAGUUAAUUUCUCCCUCCCUCCUUUCUCUUCCCUCUGUUGUUUUUUUUCUUUUCCUUAAGUGUUAUAGCACCUGAAUUUGCCUUUUGAGUGCUAGAUUUCUCCCCUUUUUUUCUUUUUCUUUUUUGCUUUAUGCAACCAUCUAGAACUUGUGCCACAAACCUGUAACAAAUAAGUGUAUGUGCGUGCCACUGUAUGCGUGAAGAGAUCGGCAACAGCAGUCAUUGAGAUCCCAUCAACUGCACAUUUCAAGACACUAGUUAAAGACAUCCAGCGGUGUAUCAUUGGGUGGUUAUUUAAAAACGUUAUUUAAAAAGUCAAGCAAAAGUUCAAGCAAACAAGUUAUCAAGUACAAGGGCUCAAGUUUGGUCCGAGUUGAUAGGAAAAUAUGGGCAGCCCUUGGAAAGGCUUUGUCGAGUUUACCUUGCCUGCGUCGCCACCCACUGCGUUCGUUAGCGCUGACCUGAGCAGCACCUCCCCCGUCGGACUCAGCCUGUCACCGUAUGGCCGAUCCAUGAGUUUUGAUCCAGGCAUGCUCCAUAACAAUGGGCACACUUCUUAUGCCAAUGGUACGGGGCCUGGCAUCAGGGAAACGGGUGUGGUGGAGAAGCUGCUGACCUCCUAUGGCUUCAUUCAGUGUUCAGAACGACAAGCACGUCUCUUCUUCCAUUGCUCGCAGUACAAUGGCAACUUGCAGGAGCUGAAAAUAGGAGAUGAUGUUGAGUUUGAAGUGUCCUCAGACAGGCGUACUGGCAAGCCCAUAGCAGUGAAACUGCUAAAGAUCAAGCCAGAGAUCCUGCCAGAGGAGCGCAUCUCGGGCCAGGUGGGGCCAGCCUCGCACGCCUCUCCUUUUACUGUGCUGCAUGGUUUUAUUCAUCCAGUUGUCUCAGCAAUCCCGACGCACCUCGACGGAAAGUCGGCUCCCGGCCAGGUCCCUACUGGCAGUGUUUGUUAUGAGAGAAAUGGGGAAGUGUUCUACCUUACCUACACUCCUGAAGAUGUGGAGGGCAAUAUUCACCUGGACACAGGGGACAAAGUCAGCUUUUACAUGGAGACCAACAAGCACACUGGUGCAGUCAGUGCACAUAACAUCCACCUAGUGAAGAAAAAGCAAAUGAGGUGCCAGGGUGUGGUUUGUGCGACUAAGGAGGCCUUUGGUUUCAUCGAGAGAGCUGAUGUGGUGAAAGAGAUCUUCUUUCACUACAGUGAGUUCAAGGGUGAUCUUGAGGCUUUGCAGGCUGGAGAUGAUGUGGAGUUCACCAUCAAAGACAGAAAUGGUAAGGAGGUGGCUACAGAUGUGAGGCUUCUCCCCCAAGGGACGGUCAUCUUCGAGGACAUCAGCAUCGAACAGUUUGAAGGCACAGUCACCAAGGUCAUCCCCAAAGUUCCCACCAAAAAUCAGAAUGACCCACUGCCAGGUCGUAUCAGUGCCAGGAUUGGCUUCAAUGACAAGGAACUACUUUUUGGGGAGAAGGAUACAAAGUCCAAAGUGACCCUCCUGGAAGGAGACCAUGUCCAAUUCAAUAUUUCUACUGACCGCAGAGACAAACUGGAAAGAGCCACUAACAUCGACAUCUGCUCAGACACCUUCAGCUUCACCAAGGAGACCCGGGAGAUGGGUGUGAUCGCUGCAAUGCGAGAUGGCUUUGGCUUCAUAAAGUGUGUAGAUCGGGAGGCAAGGAUGUUCUUUCACUUCAGUGAAGUCUUGGAGGAGAGCCAGCUGCAUAUCUCAGAUGAAGUGGAGUUCACAGUGGUGCCUGACAUGCUGUCAGCUCAGAGGAACCAUGCAGUGCGUAUCAAGAAGCUGCCCAAGGGCACUGUGUCUUUCCAUACCCAGUCUGAGCAGCGAUUUGUGGGUGUGGUAGAAAAGGAAGUUGUGGGAGCCACCUCCAAGAAUGCCAGUCCCAGCAAGGGCAAGGAGAAGGAAGCAGAGGAGGGCGUGAUUGCGUACGAAGACUGUGGAGUGAAGCUGACUGUGUCAUACCACAGCAAGGACCUAGAGGGAAGCUGCCACCCACAGACUGGAGAUAAGGUGGAGUUCUCCAUUAACGAAGUAAAGAGAACUGGUCAGCAGAGUGCAGUGGCCAUCAAAAUCCUCAACCGUAACACCACUAAUAGCAAGAGGCUGCAGGGAUUUGUUGCCACGCUGAAAGACAACUUUGGUUUCAUUGAGACAGCCAAUCACGACCAAGAGAUUUUCUUCCACUACAGUGAGCUUUGUGGAGACUUGGAGAACUUGGAGCUAGGUGAUACUGUGGAGUACACCCUCUCUAAGGGCAAGGGCAACAAAGUCAGUGCUGAGAAAGUUACUAAGGUGGCUGCAGUGAAUACUGUGGCGGAAGAUGUUGGCGCGGUAGUCAUGCUGGGGAAGGUGGUCCGUCCUCUGCGCAGUGUAGAUCCCUCCCAAACAGAGUACCAAGGGCUAAUUGAGGUAACAGAGGAAAGUACAGCUAAAGGUCAGAGUUAUCCAUUUGGUAUCAUGAGCAUGGCAAACAAAGCUGACUGUCUCCAGAAAGGAGAGCUGGUGAAGUUCCAGAUCUGUAGCAUAGCCCAAACUGGACAGAAGAUGGCUUGUAAUGUGGUGCCCCAGCGUAGAGCUUUGGUGGAAUGUGUGAAAGACCAGUUUGGUUUCAUCACAUAUGAAGUAGGUGAGAGCAAGAAACUGUUCUUCCAUGUAAAAGAGGUGCAAGAUGGCCUGGAGCUCCAAACGGGAGAUGAAGUGGAAUUCUCUGUUAUUCUCAACCAGCGUACAGGGAAAUGUAGUGCCUGCAAUGUACGAAGAGUCAGUGAAGGGCCUAAGCAAGUGGUGACCCCACGCCCUGAUCGACUGGUGAACCGACUGAAGAGCAUCACCCUGGAUGAUGCCAGUGCCCCCCGUCUGGUCAUCGUAAGACAGCCCCGUGGUCCUGACAACUCAAAGGGUUUCAAUGUGGAGCGAAAGACUCGUCAGCCUGGUGUCAUUGACUGAGUUACAGACUCCUCCACCCCGUCCGCUGUAGGUGGGCCUAGAUUAAGGAACGCAGUCCUAACGUCUGUAACAUCAGGGGAGAUGGAAUUUUUGUUUUGACACAUGCUUGCACACAGUCAUUCAUAUUAACAUGUGCACACAUACAGUAACCGGCAUGUGUAACUAAUUGUUCCUCUGUACAUCUGUAAGGGAGCCUUCUCAUUCCAUAGUUCCCUACCUCCUGUGUAUGAUGUACUUGAUCCAGGGUGCACUGCAGUAAACAUGGGAAUCUCCAGAAAUUUGUGUCUGUUUGGUUAGUGAAUAAUUGAGGUAUUUGCACCUCUAAAUCUGAGUGACUGUUGUGUGGCUGUCUGUCUUUUUUCACUCUGCUCUGUCUGGAAUUCUGCACCUGCAGACUGUCGUAGUUUGCGUGGGUGUAUGACCGUGAUUGUUGGCAAGUACUGAGCAACUCCCCCUCAUGAUAGUUUUGCUCCUUUUUAUCUGGAAACUUAAUGGUUUCACUGUCCGGUUUCCACUAGCGUAUGCUUUCCUACAACGUGCACAAAGCAAAGCUAAGUUCCCUCCAUAAGGAGGAUCAUAUUUCUCAUAUGUGCAAGCUUAAACUGAGGCUACUUCUCUGCUCGGUUUUUUGAGCAGUUUUAAAAUGCUUUAUUCAAGAGCUGAAGUUAAAGUGUAGUAUGUAUGAAUGUCAAAGUAGUGAAUCGAAGGGGAUUACUUCCACCAGUUUGGAGCCUUUACUUUUUUUUUUUUCUUUUUUUUUUUUUUUGUGUGUAUUCACAUGCUCCAUUAAGAAAUUUUCCCAGGUGCAGAAUUCCUUUUUGGCAUCUUAUAUUCAGCAGUUAUUUUAAAUAUUUUUUUCUAGCACAUUUUUGCUUUUUUCAAUUAAAGCUUGUUCUGUUGAUAGAUAAAAUUUAAGGUGCCUAAAAAAAAAUUAAAAAAAAUAAAAGCAAAACAAAACUGAAAUAAUUCUGUCCCCAGUCAACCGCCAAAAUAUUCAGAACAAUCUUAGGGUGGCUUCUUUUAUAGUAGAAAUAAUACUGGUAUGCAUCCCAAGUACCUGUGGGUUGAAAUAUACUGUAUGUAAUGUGUGCUUUUUUUUCUUAGUGGAAAGUUAAAACUUAAAAAUAACAAACAAAUGUUACUUAAGAAGGGGAAAGGUGACAAAAUUAUUAGACAAAGUUUGAAAAAGCAUAAAAAUCAGGAUAUCUAUGAAUUGUGCUUUGGAGACACUGCUGGGUGACCUGCCGUGCCUCCAUGCACAUGUUAUAGUCACAGUUUCAACUCCUGAGAUCAUGGGGUUUCAGAGGAACUGCAUUCAGAAGUUCUAUGUAAUUUUGUUAAUGGUCUUGAAUGAAAUGAUUGAAUUAAAAUUUUAUGAAACUCACAAA